AAAAAAGAAAAAAGAAAAAGUAAUAAUGUUAGUAUGAUUUAAAGAAGUGCCUUUUUUUUUAUUAGUUUAUUAUUCUUGGGUGCAAUGAUGUGUGACGUAUUUUGAUUGGCUAGAAAACAGUUAAUUUGAAAUCCAAAGACACCUUCAUCUCUUUGUUCCUUUCAUUUUCGAUAAUACGCGGGCCAUGUUUUCUGUCCGUUUUGUAUUUCUUUUAUGCUGCCUCUGUAGCUUAACAUGGGCUUUCCCAAAACAAUUUGAAAACGUAAAAGUUAUUCGCGUCAUUGAAGUCGAUAGUGGUAUUGCUCGUGAAGAUGUGGGUGUUCGAGCCAAGAAUGUCGAUAACCAACCUGCUUCCGACUACUAUUUCUACUUGCCUCAGAUUGUUACUGACAAUGCUGCCUCGAUCUCUGCUUUUUUGAGAAAGCAAAAGACAGAACUUGAUGUUGUUUUUCAACAAGUGGAAGAUGGCAUGAAUGUUUACAAGGUUACUUUGAACGAAGCAGUGAAGCCUCAGGAAGACGUCUUGCUUGGUAUCAAGGUCGCAUAUACCCACGUAAUUAAACCUAUGCCUACCAAAUUACCUCAGGUUGCACGUCAACAUACAAUUUAUGCAUACAACUCUUAUUUCCUUUCUCCUUAUGUCACUAAGGAAGUCAAGACCACACUUCAGACACCCAGUAAAGGUAUUGUCAGCCAUACUGCUGCUGAAGGAAAGAGUACAGUCAAUAAUAACAAGGUUACUCUCGGUCCUUAUUUCGAUAUUGCACCCUCUUCCUUUGAACUUGCUACCUGUCACUUUGAAAACCCUAAACCUUUACUCACUAUCACUCAACUUGAACGUGAUAUUGAAGUCUCUCAUUGGGGCAAGAAUUUAGCUGUAGAGGAACAUUAUGCUUUGCGUAACGAUGGUGCUAGUCUUGAAACCGAUUUCAGUCGAGUGCAGUACAUGAUGACAGCUCAUAUUCAUGAGCAGACCAAUGUCUGGAAGGGUCUUCGGUUCAAUUUACCUGCUGGUGCUCGUGAUGCUUAUUAUCGUGAUGAAGUUGGUAAUGUAUCUACUUCUAACUUUAGAGUGGAGCCUACGAAGGCUGUGUUGGAAAUCAAGCCUCGUUUCCCAUUGUUUGGUGGUUGGAACACAACUUGGUAUCAAGGAUUCAAUACUGAUCUUGGUGCUUAUGUCCAUAAGACCAAGACGGGUAAAUAUAUCUUGAAUGUCAAAUUUGUUGAGAAUGUUCAAGACAUGACAAUCAAUAAGGCUGUUGUUCGAAUUGUCUUGCCUGAAGGAUCCAAGCAUGUCAAAGUCACUGCACCUUUUGAUCUUGAUGCUAAGGAAAUCACUAGCCACUUUACUUAUUUUGAUUCUACUGGUCGUACUAUGGUUGUCUUGGAAAAGAAGAACGUUGUCAAGGAACAUGAAUUGCCUAUUCAGGUAUUUUAAGAUGAAAAAAAAACAAAAAUUAUGCAAAAAGCUCAUUUUUUUUGGGGGAUGGAUAGAUUGAAUAUGACUAUUCUUUCUUGUCUCUUUUGCAGAAACCACUUGUGGCUUCUUUUGUCUUUUUCGUCUUCUUUGCUACCAGUAUUGUGAUUAACAGAAUGUCCUUUACGAUUGGAAAGACUUCCAAGAAGACAGAGUAAAUACUGUAUCUUUUUUUUUUCUUUCUUUUUCUCUUUCUUGCAUCUUUUAAAUUAUAGUAAUAUAAAAAGAUUUGCUUAUGGAAUACGCUAAUUGUACCUGAGAUGUGAAUGGCACAGUCAACUGAACAGUACUCGUCAAAGUGACUGCUUCUUUCUUGACGAACCUCUUUAAUUUUUUUUAUUUUUCGAUGACAUAUCCUUUCAUAGAGCUUU